GUUUCGGUGGUCAACAUGGAAGAAGGUCGUUCGGAUAGUGUGUACUCUAGCGGCGAGGAAGACACUUUCGCCAAGCAGAGUCUGUUGCGCCUGCGAAAUGCCGCCCGUUGGCGAGAGCAAAGCCAGUACAUUAGUUUCGAGCCGGCCCUUCUGCUAUUGUGCUUCGUUGUGAGCCUGUCAGAGGUCGUCCUUGCGAAUCACAUCAUCCUCGAAGCAUGCAUCGGCGAAGGGCUUGGCAAAGAAGUCUGCCAGCAUCUCAGCAACGAUACAAACGCGACCGAGCGAGCAAUGAUUGAGACGAAAGUGCAACCGCUUGCCGCCAACAUUACUAUGACUAUCGUUAUCAUAAAAUCUGUCGUUCCUGUGCUGAGUGCGGUUCUGCUCGGUGCCUGGUCGGAUCGAUACGGAAGAAAACCGGCGAUGCUGAUCGCCAGUGCGGGACUGCUUGUCUCGUACGUUCUUUUGACUUUGCUUGCCUUCCUAUCAAUGCGGGUCACUGUUAACCCGUGGUAUUACACCGCCGCUUAUCUUCCGCUAGCUAUCUUGGGCGGCAUGACCGUGGUAACCGCGGCAGCCUUUAGCUACCUAUCUGAUGUAGCGAACGAACAGAACCGCACGGUGCGCAUGGGUUUCAUGGAAGCGGCAAUGAUGGUCGGCGCGUUGCUGGGAUUCAUCUCGAGUAGCUAUAUCCUGGAGUGGUUUAACGUUGCCAUCACCUUCGCUAUUGCUACCGGUCUGAUCGGAGUGGCCGUGGCGUACAUCAUCUUCUUCACAGAGGAUAGCAUAAUACUGAGCAGCAGCCGGAGCACGGUUGAAAAACUGUGCGAUAUGUUUUCUUGCGAUCGUGUGCGCGAAAUAUUUGCUACACUCUUUUCACAGCGCUCACGACACGUGCGGGAAAUGUUAUGGGCCAUCGUGAUUCUAACUUCUUUCAUAGAAUUUGCAGGCGGAACUGGAGGCAUUUUCUAUAUGUACACAAGACGAAUGUUCGGAUGGGAUUUGAAGCAAUACUCCUAUUUUCAAUUUACCGACAUUCUUAUCAUAAUUGUGGGAAACGUGGUUGGAUUACCUAUUCUAAAGAAGGUACUUCACUGCUCCGACACGACGGUUGCUCUCCUAUCAAUAGCCAGUUAUGCCGCAGACUCUUUGAUGAUGGGUUUCGCGACCAAAGGUUGGGUUUUAUACCUUGCGACGUCUUUAACGGUCCUGAAGGGCACGGACGGUGCUGCGUUGUUGACGAUUUGCUCCUCGAUUCUUCCUUCGGGCGAUAUGGCAAAGUUUUUCACACUGGCGUUUUCACUCACCGCUAUUGUUCCGCUGGUGUCUGCUCCCGUAUUCACGUUCAUUUAUGAAAGUACACUACAAACUGCACCACAGGUGUUUAAUUUCGUGGCUGGAGGCUUUUUCGUUGCGGCACUAGUGCUGAUGAUGGGCAUCACUUUUCUUGUGCGCCGAUUUUCCCAGCCUGAGUUGUUGCUGUGA